UUAUAGGCCCGGUUUGCGCGCUGUAGAAAAUGUCGAGCAGCAAUUGUGGUGCCAUCCAGCGUCACAUCGAGAGACAAGCACGUGGUCGACAACAGAGGUUUGAUAAACAGAGGGAUCAGGACGAAGGAAGGAUCGUUUUCUUCCGAGCACAGCAUAGUGAUUGCUUUGAUCAAGUCCUGAAGACAUACAAAAAAAAUGUUGCAGGGCGCAUUCUUGAAGAUUUUCACUCGAGUGGAGUGGAUGAAGACCUGGAGGUUUUGAAGGCAGGCUGGGCCAGCCAUUUCAAAGAAAGACCGGGCCGGCCUCGACCUCAGCGCCCUCUUCUUGCAGACCUCAGGCAUUGCACUGAAGAGCUUGAAGAGCUCGAAGAGCUCGAUGACUUCGAGUCUGGGCCUAGAAGCCUUUUGGCUGCUCAAGGUGAACGAGCAAAGCAGCGACUACAAGGUCUAGAAAAACUCCGACACUUGGCUGGGAAAGGCACUGGGAUGGCAGAAUCUGAAAUCGCCUUGUCCAACCAGUUUGGAGGAAUCGGGGCGUUUCCCGACAGAUUCUCCUUCCAUCCCAUCCCUAAGCCCAGAGCACAUGGGCCUUUGCAGCAUGCGGGAAAGCUUGUUCGCGGGCCCAAGCCCACUCGAAAGGAAUCAAAAAGUAACGAACGGGAAAAAAAGGAAAGAUCAUUGUCAGACUCCAAAGUUGACCGGCUUCGCUGUGACCGUGACACCCGUGACCUGUGGGCAGAAUGGGAAGCUCGGUGGUCGCAAGAAUUCCGCCGGCUUGAGGAGAUGGAGAAAAACCGGCAGAAGAAUGACUCAAGUGACGCAGGGGCUUCCUGGGCUGAGCAAGAAGAGCAGUGGUAUCGACGAGUGCAUGAGAAGAGAAGAGAGGCGAACGCACACCAUGCCUGUCACCGCGCAUACAGCAAAGCUAGCGAAGAUGGAAACAGAUCAAGUAGUAAAACAAGCAAGCCAAGGAAAGCAAACAGUGCCAAACCGCAGCCAGAACCAACUGAACCUCCACCUCCCCCAGACCAAUCAGUCCACGCAGUACAGACCCACCAGGCCAAGAAGUUUAAUUCAUUUGCUGACUUCUCAGCUGCUUGGAGCGCUUUCGAGAAGAGGCUAUCAGACAGGCUAUCUGGCACAAGAACUUUUUGGUCUCAGAUAUUCCUUGGCCCAACGGUAUCGAAUCAGUCUCUGGAACAAUCUCCUCAGACACAGCGGCUGAGGCGAAGAAGAAGUUGCGGACGGCCCUUCUCCGGUGGCACCCGGACAAGUGGGCACCGAUACUUGAGCACGUUGCUGAGGCAGACCGAGCAGAAGUCAUAGCGCGGGUUAAGCUAGUGACCCAGAGGCUCUUGGAAGAAAAGCAAAGGUAUGAUCUCAAAUGAGGAAGUCUCACCUGGUGCAGCUUUAUUUGACCGUCUCACUGCACAGGUUUGUUUCACAGUAGCUUUAUUUUCUAGUCAGCACACAUCAGACUCGAGGUGCAGAUUUCGUAGAAAAACUGUCCGCAAGGA